UAACCGGACAGUUUAUCGCGUCGGACCCGAAGAGGAGAUACGUCCUGCUGUGACCGGACUGCUUCACAGAGUCACAUUUUUUAGUUUCUUCCGAAUAAGAUGGAUUUAUAGCUGAAGAAAAGAGACAUGUUCACGUUAAAGACGCUGCACAGAAACAAAACGGUCAAAUAUGGAGUUCCUAUGCUCUUGUUGGUAGUUGGAGGUUCCUUCGGUUUGCGAGAGUUCACACAGAUUCGAUAUGAUGCCCAGAAGCUCAGAAAAAAGCUGGACCCGUCGCUGGAGGCUAAAGUGGACCUCCAGAAGCAGUCGGUCAUGUUGGAGGAGGAGUACGAGAAGCUAAAGGAGGUCAAUCUGGACGAAUGGAGGAACAUUCGAGGACCUCGACCCUGGGAGGACUCCAAGGAAUAUCAGGACGAGCAGCGUCGCAAACUGGACAAGACAGACUGAGACUGGGGGGUUCUCGGUUAAAAAAAGCCCCCCGGGUGGUGGGGGGGGGGCAAUAAGAGAGACCUAAUCUCUGCACUUGUGCAUCAUAAGUAAAGAAGAUUUUAUUCUAAUUCCUGACACAGCGAGAUGAGUCUGUCAUCUUUAAAGCACCACUAGGGGGCAGAUCUGAGCUCUGCCUCCACCUCGGAAAGCCAAGGAAGAAAUGUACAUUAUAUAUCGUUGUGUGAUUGUCUGAAUAAAUUAUUACUGUAGAUUCCAAAUGUUCCCUUUCAUUUUGGUUUUGGAUAUGUCGAGUGUGUGUGUUGGUGAGUGUUUAUGCCGCCGCCGCAUUGAUUUAGCAGCCGGAAGAAUAAAUAAGAGUCCAACCUUUCCUGGGGCCUCACGGCUCUCGACAGUAAUCUGUUUCUCUGACAGUUAUUACUUUGCAUCGCUGUGGAUUUAUUAUAUUUCUGAUGGGAACAGUGUUACACGGUGAGGUUUUCAC